AUGUCAGACUACCAAGCUUUGCUGCAGUUCAAUAAGAAGGCCGUGUCCAAGGAUAUGGUCCAAUACCUAGCUUCCACCACAGCUUCGAUUAUAAAAAUCAAGAAAACGAAUAGUAUGAUAGACAUCGCAUUGCCAGCCCCACCAUUGGUUAAAUUCAUUAAUGGGUUGAUAAAGCACUCCAACGUACAAACUCCGACUCUAAUGGCCACUUCAGUGUACUUGGUCAAAUUGAGAUCUAUAAUACCGAGCAACGUUUAUGGCAUAGAGACUACUAGACACAGAAUUUUUUUGGGAUGUCUGAUAUUAGCCGCAAAGACAUUAAAUGAUUCAUCCCCUCUUAAUAAGCAUUGGGCUGAAUAUACCGACGGUCUCCUUCUACUUCGAGAGGUUAAUACCAUAGAAAGAGAGUUGCUAGGAUAUUUUGACUGGGACGUCACCAUUUCGACAGAUGAUUUGGUUACAUGUCUUUCACCGUUCUUACAACCUAUUAAAGAGGAGAGUGUGUACAAGCUGCAACAAGAACAACGCUUAUCCAAUUCCUUUUCUUCUCAAGAAAAGGUCAAAGCAAAGAGAUCUUCUCUUACUCAUUCGCGCUCAUCAUCUAAUUUCUCCAUCCCAUCGUUGGCCUCUACUUCGACGCUAUCGACAUUGGAAUCCAAAAGGUCGGAUUCAUCCAACUACAGUAAUAAGAUAGAAACUUUGCCGGAGUUUAACGAGCCCAAUGAUAAUUAUAAUAACAAAUUCUCUCCGCGACCUUUCGAUGCAGACUUCAAAUACAAUAACAAGGAAAACAAAAGACCAAUACCGACCAGUAAGUCAUCCAAUUUCAACAAGGCACGCCCCUUAAUUCUAAAGACUGGAUUAGACAAACCAAUGAUCAACGGAGAUUUGAAAUUGAAGAAAUCAAAUUGGUCAAGCUUUUUCAAAUAA